UCGCUGUUAGUACGUUCAAGUUCAAGUUUCGGUCAAAAUGGUCCGCUCAUCCGUCGUAGUAGCGCUCCUAACAGGUCUAGUGGUUUCGCUGGAUGCCCAGCUAACGUCCCGAGACUGGUGGGAAAAGGCCGGAUUUUACCAGAUUUAUCCACGUUCCUUCAUGGACAGUGAUGGCGAUGGAGUGGGCGACUUGAACGGGAUCACGUCCAAGUUACCUUACCUGAAGGAGAUUGGCGUACGUGGAUUUUGGAUGUCGCCGAUCAACAAGAGUCCGAUGGUGGAUUUUGGCUACGAUAUAUCGGACUAUCGGGAUAUUCACGAGCAGUUUGGCACGAUGACGGACUUUGAAAAUCUGGUGAAGGAAGCGAAGCGGUUGGGUUUGAAGGUGAUCAUGGACUUUGUACCGAAUCAUACGAGCAAUAAGCACCAGUGGUUUAUCGAUUCGGAAGCUAAAGUGGCCGGGUACGAAGAUUACUACGUGUGGGACGACGGACUUCCGAAUCCGAAUGGGGGGAGGAAUCUACCACCGACGAAUUGGAUUCAGGCAUUCCGUGGGUCGGCCUGGGAGUGGAGCAACCUUCGUGGGCAGUAUUACCUGCAUCAGUUCACUGUGGAACAGCCGGAUUUGAACUAUCGCAAUUCGAAGGUUGUGCAAGAGAUGAAAGAUGUGAUAACCUUUUGGUUGGACAAGGGCGUCGAUGGGUUCCGUAUUGACGCAGUACCGUUUCUUUUUGAGGUCGAGAAGAAUUCCGAAGGUCGGUACCUGGAUGAACUCCCAAGUGGAACAACCGAUGAUCAGGAAGACUUUGAUUACCUCAGUCAUAUCUACACGCAAAAUCUACCGGAAACUGUUGACAUGGUCUAUCAGUGGCGAGAACUGGUCGAUGCGUACCAGAAGACUCACGGUGGUGAAACGAGAGUCCUCAUGACGGAAGGUUACGCUCCACUCGAAGUUCUUCACGAGUAUUACGUCAGUUCUACAUCGGGUCGAUUAGGAUCCCACAUGCCGUUCAAUUUUGGCCUAAUUACGGACAUCACCAAAGCUUCGAAAGCGCAGGACUUUGUCACCUCUAUUCAGUCCUGGAUGGCUAUCAUCCCGGAAGGUCAUGCAGCAAAUUGGGUGAUGGGCAACCACGACCGCCCACGGGUCGGAACCCGCUUCGGCAAGAAUCGCAUCGACAUGAUGAACAUGAUCAUCCACAGCUUGCCGGGAGCUACCGUGACCUACCAGGGCGAGGAAAUCGGCAUGACGGACGUGUUUAUUUCGUGGUCGGAUACCGUCGAUCCUGCGGCUUGCAACGCCGGCGAAGCUCUGUACGCGGAAAAGUCACGCGAUCCGGUCCGGACGCCGUUCCAGUGGGACGAUUCGGCGUUUGCCGGGUUCACCACCGGAACUGGCACGUGGCUACCGGUGGCCACCGACUACCAGAGUGUCAACGUAAAGGUGGAGGAAGGACUCGAGCGAAGUCAUCUCAAGGUGUACAAAGCGAUGAUGCGGUUGAGGGAGAGCAAAACCUUCCAGCACGGAUCGAUGAAGGCACGGGUGGUCAACGAUAACGUGCUGGCGAUCGUCAGGGAGCUGGACGGGUAUAAUACGUACAUUACGUUGGCGAAUUUGGGCAGUUCGAACCAGGUCAUUGACGGGAUUGGGCUGGCUAGUCGAUUGCCGUCGAAGCUGCGGUUCGAAGUUAUGGGAACUGAUUCGCAUCAUGUAAAGGGCGGAGCAGUUGCAACGAACGAUAUUUUCCUACUUCCCAACGAAGCCUUUGUCCUGGUGGCACGGAUCGCACCGGUAGAACGAGUUCACGAAUCAAUCUGCGAAUCAUGGCUCGAGUAGGAAAAUUUUCUAUAAAAUGUGAGAUUUACACAAA